AUGGCUCCGGCCGGCACGCCGAAUGGCUUUGAGCCUGAGAAGGUUGACGUCCUCAUUGUGGGAGCUGGACCAGCCGGUCUUAUGAUGGCAGAGUGGAUGGCCAAAUGCGGAAUCAAGACCAGAAUAUGCGACAAGCGCGGCACCAAGAUUUUCAAUGGCCAAGCCGACGGCCUCCAGUGCCGUACAUUAGAGAUAUUCGACUCUUUUGGGUUUGCUCACCGAGCUUGGAUCGAAUCAAAUCAUAUGCUGGAAAUUUGUCUUUGGAAUCCGGACAAGGACGGCAUAAUUCGUCGAAGCGAUAGGAUACCCGACACAAUUCCUGGAAUCAGUCGGUUUCAACAAGUUGUCCUCCAUCAAGGUCGUAUUGAGCGUUUCUUUCUCGAUUCAAUCGAAUCUUGCAGCGAUAUCCGUGUCGAGCGAGGUGUUAUGCCGUCCAAACUCGAACUCAACGAGGCUCUUGUGGAGGACAGCGACGCAUACCCCAUAACCGUCACUCUACGGCACCUCAGCGAGGAAGAAGCCACCCCCAAGCAGCAGAUUGGGACCUCAACAAACGGAACCUCUGUCCAAGAUGGACUGUUCCGAAGCAAUAUCGCGCCCGACGAUACACAGGACCUGUUGAACGCUUCUGCGCAACUCAAUGGCAAAGCCAACACCGAAGAGGUCAUACAGGCGAAAUAUGUACUCGGCGCUGAUGGGGCACAUUCCUGGGUGCGUAAUCAACUGGGGUUCAAGUUGGAGGGCGAAUCGACAGACUACAUCUGGGGUGUCCUCGACAUCGUCCCUAUUACCGACUUUCCGGAUAUCAGGAUGCGAUGUGCCAUUCAUUCCGCCAACGCCGGAAGUGUGAUGGUGAUCCCGCGGGAGAACAAGCUUGUCCGCCUGUAUAUCCAGCUAACGACCACGGAGAAGGUCGGUGACGGUGCUGGUGCCAGAGCCGACCGAUCCAAAAUCACACCCCAGACUAUCUUGCAGGCCGCACAACGCAUCAUUGCACCUUAUAAACUCGACUAUCGCAAACUCGACUGGUGGACUGCUUACCAGAUUGGGCAACGGGUCGGAACGCAGUUCUCUUCCCACGAGAGAAUCUUCCUUGCGGGAGACGCAGUACACACCCACAGUCCCAAGGCAGGUCAGGGAAUGAAUGUCAGUAUGCAAGAUGCGUACAACCUUGGAUGGAAAGUUGCCAAUGUCGUCAAGGGUAUAGCAAGUCACGACAUCUUGAAGACUUAUCAAUCCGAAAGACGUCGAAUCGCACAAGACCUGAUUGCGUUCGAUCAUAAAUUCUCCCGUCUUUUCUCCGGCCGGCCAGCCAAGGAUGUCAUGGACGAGGAAGGAAUCAGUAUCCAGGAAUUCAAGGACGCAUUUGAAAAGGGCAAUAUGUUUGCAAGUGGGAUUGCUGUUAACUACGGCUCAAGUCUGAUCGUCGCAAAACAAGGCAGCUCUACAGACCAAGGUGACGGAACCGAUGUCGGCGUGCACAACCAAGACUUCCAAGUCGUGUCGACACAGAGCCUCGCAACCAAGAUUGAAGUCGGCAAACGCAUCCCCAGCUACAAAGUGCUCAACCAAUCCGACGCCCGGCCUUCCCACCUUCAAGAACUCCUCAGAUCGAACGGCCGAUGGCGCAUCAUCACGUUCGCCGGCGACGUCACAAACCCCGAACAAGCAGCGAAAUUGAAAAACAUUGGCGCAAAGCUCGCCGCGCCAAACUCCUUCCUGAAACGUUUCACACCAAGCGCGGGACGGUACGACGAUGUAUUUGAAGUUCUCGCCGUCCACAACGCCCCUAGAACACAGGUCUCAUUCUUCGAUUUCCCGGAAGUCUACAGAAACUUUGACGAGGUGGAAGGGUGGGAUUAUUGGAAGAUUUUCGUCGAUGACGAGUCGUACCACGAAGGGCAUGGGCAUAUCUACGAGAAUCUCGGCAUCGAUCCCGCCGGUUGCUCUGUCGUGCUUAGACCUGAUCAGUACGUGUCCUAUGUCGGUCCGGUGGACGCGUACGAUGAGCUGGAUAAGUUCUUUUCCGGGUUCAUGGUACCGCAGGCUCAAGGGAAGAAAGUGGUAGUUCCAUAG